UUUCAUUCCUAGGAAUGUCAUUGUAUUUAUUUGGAAUAUCCACGAUUUCCAUGGGAAUUUCUUUUAUACAGUUGAUUAUUUGUGAGCUUAUUUAUUCGUAUUCAAUUUUCAAUGUGAUAUAUGCAUCUGAGGAUGCUAUUUAAAAGAUGUUUUUGAUUUUAUAUCUGCCACGUGACUAAAAGUGUAACACUCCAUAUCUUAUUUGUAAAGAGAGAAGAACACGAAAGCAGGAAAAAGUGUUUUUGUUGAAAGAGGUUAAAUAACACCUGGACGAUGGCAACAACCAAGGGCUUGGGAAGGAAUAUUCCUUAUUUAAGACAACAAUUUGCAGCACUUUUAGGAAAUACCAGUACUAGUGUCAAAUUUAUAUGCAUUGUAGUUUUGUUUUCCUAUUGUUUAUCAUAUUCACAAGAAGCUGUGAAGGCAUUAAGUGUCACUCCAGGUUAUUUGCUGCCUCCUGCAUUUUGGAUAUGGACAGCAUUUACAUUUUGUUUUCUUGAAAUACAUUUUUGGGAAGUUUGUGUUGAUAUUGUUACAGUGGGCUUGUGUGGUAAAUUAAUAGAACCUUUAUGGGGUGCUAUGGAAAUGAUGACAUUUUUUGCUGUCGUUAAUUUUGGAGUAGCUGUACUUUCUACUUUGUUUUACUUAUUUUUGUACAUGUUAACAAGUAAUACGGAUUUACUUUUUGAUAUUCACAUUCAUGGUCUUACUGGUUAUAUCGGAGGAGUCAGUGUUGCUGUAAAACAAAUAAUGCCUGAUCAUAUUAUAAUAAAGACACCAAUUGGAAAAAUAAUGAACAGAAAUAUUCCUCUAAUGGUCUAUAUAGUGUCUCUAUUGAUGUGGGUCUUGGGUCUAUUGGAAGGAACACAUCCGACAAUGUUUCUUAGUGGACUAUUCAUUUCUUGGACGUACUUGAGAUUUUAUCAGAGACAUAAUAAUGGGACUCGGGGCGAUAUGACAGAUAAUUUUACAUUCGCUAGUUUUUUCCCAAAUGUUCUACAACCUCCGAUUGCUGUCGUCAGCAAUACGAUACACAGUUUUUUUGUUCGUAUUGGUUUGUGUAGAAAAGUUGUUCGUAGGUUUGACAUGUCGAAUGCGCCUCCAGGUUUGGUUAUAAAUUUACCUGGAAUUGAUCCGCAGGACAGUGAAAGACGAAGACAAAUAGCUUUAAAAGCUUUGAGCGAAAGAUUGAGUAAGGAUCAUGCAAAACCUUGGCAGCAGGAAAGAAGUAAAAAACAUUCUCCUGCACCACCACCAGUCGCUGUACAAAUUCCUGAACCUGUUCCAUUGAAACCGAUACCAUCGCCACUGAUACCACAAAUUAAUGUGAAUAUUCACAGUCAACCAUCGACGAGUACGUGAUCGUCCUAAAAAAUUUAUUUUCAAAUAAAUUUUUAGAUACGUACCGAAGCCCAAAGGAGCUUUUAAAAAGAAAUGUUUUUACCAAAAAAGAAACUGGUUUAACUAUGGCUAUAUUUGGGUAAGAAGAACUCUGAGACUUGUAUUUUAUUUUUUUAAAUAUAUAGAAAUACUGCUUAACA